GCCAACUUCGUCAAACCAUUCUGCGGCGAGGGGAGUCGCGAGAUGUCGGUGAGGGGAAUCAGCGGCGAUGCGCACUUCUUCGAGGAGAGCGUGAACAUGGAGCGAAUCAAGAAGCUCCUCGACAACAAGACAGGGACGGCAGGUGUGUCGGAGAAGCUCCAAGCGAUGAAGACUCUUUUGGCGAUGAUCUCGAAGGGCGAAGACGUGUCCCUUUUCUUUGCCGACGUGGUUAAGAACGUCAUCGUCAACUCGGUCGAAGUCAAGAAGAUGGUGUAUAUGUACCUCGUGCACUAUGCGGAUGCAAACGCUCAGUGUCGGGAACUCGCAUUGCUCUCAAUCAAUUCGUUCCAAAAGGAUCUGGCCGACCCGAACCAGCUCAUUCGAGCGCUCGCCCUCCGUGUCAUGACGAGCAUUCGUGUGCGCGACAUUAUUCAGAUUCAACUCAUCGCCAUUCGAAAAUGCGCGGGAGAUCCUUCUCCAUACGUGCGCAAAUGUGCGGCGAAUGCGUUGAGCAAGGUGCACUUGAUGGACAGCACCGACCAGAAUGAAGUGUUGGCGGAGAUCAUCUCGCUUCUUCUUGCCGACUCGAGCACGAUGGUGCUGGGUAGCGCAGUCCAGGCGCUGAACGAGAUUUGCCCCGACCGUAUGGACUUGUUGCACCCCGCAUUUCGCAAGUUGUGCCACUUGCUGGCGGACAUUGACGAGUGGGGACAAGCGGUUGUGAUCCAUGUGUUGACGCGGUACUGCCGCGAACAGUUCCAAAGCCCCAAGCAAGAAGACCCAUCGAAGCAAUCGAAUGCUGUCAAGGAACUGUUUCCAAAGCGUAAAGUGAAGAAGGGAUUUUACUCGGACGAGGAGGACGAUCCCAAGGCGAAGUCGUCGUCGCACACCCCAGCGAGAUCGAAUCCGUUUCAUCUCGGCAGCAGCAGCAGCAGCAAUCUCUUUGGGGCGUCCAAGGAACACGUUCCGUCGAUUGGUUCGGUGUUUCGAUCGAACGACGUCGCGUCCGGCAUUGGCGGCGGUGAAGAACUCGAUGAAGACCAUCGACUCCUUCUCCGGUCGUCAAUUCCGCUGCUCAAGUCGCGCAACUCGGCGGUCGUCCUCGCCGUCUCGACUUUGCACUACUACUGCGGCACCCAAAGCACGGCCACAUGCACGUUGCUGGGCAAGUCGUUGGUCCGCAUCAUGCGCAACCAACGGGAAAUCCAAUUCGUCGUGCUCUCUGUGAUUGCAUCGAUGGCCACGGCGCGGCCGCACAUGUUUUUGCCGUUCUUGCAAGACUUUUUCGUCCGUGCAACCGACCCGAGCUACUCGCGCCAACUCAAACUCAACAUUUUGACGGCGCUCGUCACGGAAGAGACAGUCGCUACCAUUCUACGUGAAUUCCAGGCGUACGUACGACAUGUGGACAAGGGAUUCGUCACGAUGACAGUGCGAGCGCUGGGCCGUGUGGCCGACGCGAUGCCGUCGGUGUCGGAAAAGUGCCUCAAAGGACUCAUGCGUCUCGUUCGAUCUGUGCACGAACAAGUGGUCGCCGAGAGUGUUGUCGUGAUCCGCCAACUGCUUCAGCAACAGCAGCACACGACCCGCCCAGACACGCCGCAAGCCGCCAAUAACGCCAAAGUUGUUCGAUCCCUCGCUGCUAUGUUGGUGUCUGGCCGUGUGACGUCACCGCUUGCCCGCGCAUCCAUCGUGUGGAUGCUCGGGGAAUUUGCAGUCGACGACCUGAUCUCACGCGAGUCGUUGCGGUGCUUGUGUGCGACGUUCCCGGAGGAAGCAACCGAAGUCAAAAUGCAGCUGCUCAACCUAGCGGUGAAACUUGCCCUGAACGCACCUACACACACGAACGUUCAGCUGUGUUUGCAGUACGUGGUGGAGCUGAGCAAGUUUGACCUGGACUACGACCUCCGCGACCGCGCGCGCCUCGUUCGAGCUGCGUUGAACCAGUCGGCACUUCACCCGAACACAAUCUUCUUGAGCAAGAAGCCCGCUCCACUCAUCGGGGUCUCCCAUGAGCAAACAUCGAGCAAGUUUACUCUCGGAUCUUUAUCUGAGAUCGUGCACCACAGCGUGACGGGGUACGUUCCGCUGCCUGCGUGGCGAUCGGAAAAGGCAGACAGGAGACUGCGCGAUGCGGUCGCGGAGCUUCCGCCGUCCAUGUCGCGGGACACCGGGUCUCGUGGAAAGAACUCGUCAAAGGCGUCGAAGGGCUCGAAAAAACUGUCGGGCGGCGGUUUUUACAGCGAGAGCGACGACGAUGCGAGCGAUGAAACCGGCAGCGACGAUGGCAGCGAUGACGAAAGCGAUGACGACGACGCCUCCAGCGAAGAAGCAAGCGAAGACGAGAGCGAGGAAGCCGAGAGCGACAGCGAAGAGGAGAGCGAAGAAGAGAGCGAGGAGGAAUCGUCCGAAGAGAGUGAACCACUUCCGCAAAAGUCCAGGAAAAGCAACAAAGCACCCGCCAAAUCCCGAUCGACUACCGCGGCUGCCCCCGCUGUUCCUGCGUUUAACCAGCAGGCUUCGUUUCAACAGCCUGCACAGUCACCAUCCUUUCUCGACCCGUUCGAUUUUUUGUCGACUCCGUCGUCGAGCAACCAAAUCAACUCGUCUAGCAUGCUCGCGGACCUGUCCAACCUCACGAUGAGUGCCACGGUGCCGACGAAUCGAUCUGUGCUUGUGUCGGACUCGGAUGGCCUCAUCAUCGAGUACACGUACCUCCGGACGCCUUCCAUGUACUCGCCGCACAUGAACGUGGUGCAGUGCUACAUCUCGAACCAAUCGUCAGCCCCCCUCGCGCGCAUCCGCGUUAGCGUCGACGCAAAGACCGCGAAGCGUGGCAACGUGAUCCCGUUUCCAGAAGUUCCCGUCGUAUACCCCGGCAGUUCGUCAAUGGUGCAGCUCCACGUGGACUUCCGCGGCGUCCUGGAAAAUGUCCGCCUCACGGUGCACUCUGGCUUUGCCCAGGGAGACAAUGACGAAGACGAAGGCAUCGAAGGAGAGCUCGUGCCCACGAUUGGCGAGCUCCUGCAUCCAUUCCAUGUGACGAUGGACCAGUUCGCGCAGCUGUGGACGAUGAAGCAGUCGGGGCCGCCACUUGUGGUCGAGUCGCGGCUGUUUUUGGCCACGACGUUGGGGGUGCUCAUCCAGCAGCUCACGCACGCCCUCAAUCUGAGCCACAUCAACGCGCAUCAAUUGCAGGCGCUGCACCUCCAGCAGCAGCAGCAGCAGCCGCCGGUGCAGCUGGUCGGCAAACUUCGCACGGACAAGGAAGUGUGGAUGCUCGCGACGUUGGAAGUGAACUUUGCCAACGGCAGCAUGCGACUCCAAGUCGCGCAGACGGCACCGCACUUGUCGCAAGCGCUCUUGGACGCCAUGACGACCUUGAUUUCCGAAUCGAAGUAGGAGACUUAACACCAACCACAAUGCACAUUGAUUCGGUCGCGGUGGCAUGCGAUGUGCAUGGUCUACGCUCUGGCACAACG